AUGGCCAGCCAAAUCACCCCGGAAGGGAACGUGAUCGCUCCUCUGAAUAUUUCAGCACCCGCCCCCAUGCUCGACCUCAGAGGAUUUAAAUGGGAUACUGUGGACGAAAAGAUCCAAGGCACACACCACCGCGAAGAUGCUCCACCGGCACCAAAGCAGCAAGUAGCAGCACUGCCCCCACAAUUGGAGAAACAGCUAGAAAAACCUAAAGACUCAUUCUUGCCUUCGUUCCCGCUGGAACAAUUCCACGGUACUUAUGCGGGCAACGGGUUCAAUUUGAUAUGGCGUCCACGGGCCAAUGACGAUGCUACGUUCCCUACUACGUCAAACGCGUCUGCUAAGACACCUGUGGGACCUAAUGACAACAUUCUAGAGUUGAAUCUCACAAGAGAGCAAUUGACUUUCGGAGAAAAUAUAGGCAAAAUACCAAAUCGCGGGUUUUUAAACCAACCAGACAUCAAUCUUGCUGGAUUGCCGUAUUUGCAGACUGUUCAAGACGUUACAUUCCCUACCACUGGAAAAGGCGACAAUCCUAUUGCUACAAGCAUUCACUUUGAACCUGGCGUAUGGCUCAACGUUCCGAAGUCAAAAGUCCACGAGAAACCCGCAGAUAGCGUAACACGCAUGGCGUGCAUACCCCAUGGCACUACAAUCAACGCACAGGGUCUGGUUCCACCCCGUGCCACGACCUCCAAGUCUGUAAUAGGGGGGGACGCUCGUCCCCCAAAUAUCCAGAUGAUUGACACCACACCGUUCAAGCUCGGGAACCCUAAUAAUAGGCUCAACGGAGCUUUUCCAAGCAUGGAUGCUGCCAACCCGAACACUUUCAGGAUUCCUCAGGAUCUCAAAAAUUUCGUCCGAGAAAAUACGAUUACAAGUGAAAUUAUCAAGAACCCGCACCAGGUCCUUCUGAAGGCCAUUAAAAACCAGGUGAUUACAGAAACCAUCACCAUUGAAGUCUCCACUGGAUUACCAACAGCCACUAUCAACGGCGGUGGAAUUUCGAAUAUCUCGUUCCUGAUGGGCAAACAAAAUCUCGGAGAUAACAAUGCCCCUUCUGAUCCGGUCGCCCAUGCAGCCUUUAUGACGUCUACAUUUUGGAUCGAAAGGGUGCAAUACCAGGUCCACAUCACAAAAUCCUCUGUCCAAAGCACACAACGCUUGUUUCCUGAUAUGUCGAAGAGUCCCGAUGCACCUACUCCUGAAUUCCUGAUCACGACACCACGCGGUGGUGUGCCGAAAGACAUAACAAUCACGAUUCCCUCAAUCCAGAUUCAAUACUCACAGACCGUAAACCUGAACUUUGGUCUGCCUGGAAACAUCUUGACCUGGCCACAUGUCAGUGUAGCGACGCUCGUUCCCUCGAGCCCACAACCGUUCCAGAUGACUUGA